AAUGGGCCGGGGCGGCUGAGUUGGAGCAAAUUCCGCGUCGGAGGCGGCUUCCCAGCCCCAGCAGCUCCGAGGCGAGCCGCUUGGCCCCUCCGCUGGAGCGUCGGAGAUGAAGGCGCGCUGGCGCUGAGUUGAGCGAGCGCGGCUCCGGGAAGCUUGGCUCUCCUCCCUGCUGGAAGCCGAGCGAGCCCCGCCGCCCUCUGGCUCCCGUGGCCGCCCCUGGGCUCUGGGAGGCCGGACCCCGAGGCAGCCCAGCCCAGCCGCCGCCCCGCUGCGCGAGAGGGGAGCCCGCUUUCCCUCUGCCGGAUGCGUCCCUGGCGGAGCUGAGCCAUGCGGCGGAGGCUCCCGCUCUGGGUUCGGAGCUUGCUGUGCCUCUGGCCGGUCCUGGUGGCACCCGCGGCAGCUUCUCGUCCUCGCCUUGAAGAUUCAUCUCCACGGAUAAUAGAGCAUCCGUCUGACCUCAUUGUAUCUAAGGGGGAACCAGCAACACUCAACUGCAAAGCCGAAGGACGGCCCACACCCAUCAUUGAGUGGUACAAAGAUGGUGAGCGAGUGGAAACAGACAAGGAAGAUCCCCGGUCUCAUCGCAUGCUGCUGCCCAGUGGCUCCCUCUUCUUCCUGCGCAUCGUGCAUGGACGGAGGAGUAAACCGGAUGAAGGCGUUUAUGUUUGUGUCGCUAGAAACUAUCUGGGUGAGGCUGUCAGCAGGAAUGCCUCCCUGGAGGUAGCCAUCUUAAGAGAUGACUUCCGGCAGGCUCCCAGUGAUGUGGUAGUAGCAGCUGGUGAGCCAGCAGUGAUGGAGUGCAUCCCACCAAGAGGCCAUCCAGAGCCCACUAUAUCCUGGAAGAAGAACAGCAUCCGCAUCAGUGAUAAGGAGGAGCGCAUCACGAUCCGAGGUGGGAAGCUGAUGAUGUCCAACACAAGAAAGAGUGAUGCUGGAAUGUACAUCUGUGUGGCCACCAAUAUGGUAGGCGAACGGGAUAGCGAACCUGCAGAACUGGUGGUGUUUGAACGGCCCACUUUCAUCAAGAGGCCCAUCAACCAGGUGGUCCUGGCAGAAGACACUGUGAAUUUUCACUGUGAGGUGCAAGGGGAUCCAGUGCCAACAUCCCGGUGGCGAAAAGAGGAAGGGGAACUUCCUCGAGGGAGAUCGGAGAUCCAGAAUGACAAUAGCUUGCGUAUCAGCCGAGUGAAUGCAGAGGAUGAGGGGACCUAUACUUGUGUGGCAGAGAACAGCGUGGGCAAAUCUGAGGCUUCGGGAUCCCUCAGUGUACAUGUUGGCCCAUUCUUCCCACCUCAGUUAGUGACCCGUCCACGGGACCAGAUUGUGACCCAAGGCCGCACUGUGACCUUCCAGUGUGAGACCAAAGGAAACCCACCACCAGCUGUGUUCUGGCAGAAGGAAGGGAGUCAGGUUCUUCUUUUUCCUAGCCAGCCCCCUCAAGCUACUGGCCGCUUUUCUGUAGCUCCAAGUGGCGAGAUGACAAUUAUGGAUGUGCAGACCUCAGAUUCAGGCUACUACAUGUGCCAGGCCAUUAGCGUUGCAGGAAGCAUCCUUGCCAAAGCUCUCCUGGAAGUGGAAGAUGUAACAACUGAUCGCAUUCCACCAAUUAUUCGCCGGGGUCCCGUGAAUCAAACCCUUGCCAUAGACUCUACAGCACUGCUCCAGUGUCACGUAACUGGGAACCCCCUCCCCAGCAUCCAGUGGCUGAAAGAUGGACAGCGGAUUGUGGGCAGUGAUCCAAGAAUGAGCCUGUUGGACAAUGGAACGCUACAGAUUACAAAUCUGCAGACCUCCGACUCUGGGCUGUAUGUUUGCAUUGCUACAAGCUCAACCGGUGAAACCAGGUGGAGUGGCUUUCUGGCAGUGCAAGAGAAUGGAGUAGAUCUCCAGAUGCAGCUCCCAGAGCCAAACCUGCUUCCAGGUCCACCUUCAGCUCCCCUGGUCACUGAUGUCACCAAGAACAGUGUUGCUUUGAUCUGGAAGCCAAACCCUGGGAAUGGAGGUGCUCCUAUCAGCUCAUACAUUAUUGAAGCAUUCAGUCAGUCUUCAGGCAGCACUUGGCAAACCGUGGCAGAUGAUGUCAAGCUUGAAAAGCACACUGUCAGUGGCUUGAAUCCAAACACCAUUUACCUCUUCCUUGUGCGAGCUGUCAACUCCUAUGGCCUCAGUGAUCCUAGCCCGGUCUCAGAGCCAGUUCGUACACAAGAUGUGAGUCCCACCAGACAAGGAGUCGACCACCGGCAGGUGCAACGGGAACUUGGGGAUGUGGUAGUUCAGCUCCAGGAACCCGUUGUCCUCACUUCCACCACCAUACAAGUGACCUGGACUGUGGAUCGCCAGGCUCAGUUCAUCCAAGGUUAUCGGAUAAUGUACCGGCCCAAGAACAGUGCUUGGCUGGUGCAGGAUGUGAAGUCACCUGCUGAACGGAACACUGUCUUAGUAGACCUACGCAAAGGCCAAGAAUAUGAGGUCAAGAUCCGGCCAUAUUUUGAUGAGUUCCAGGGCAUGGAUAGUGAGGUGCUCCUGGUGCGCACCCCAGAAGAAGCUCCUAGUGCUCCUCCACAAGGAAUUUCUGUAGUGACCGUGGGAACCAGCAACAGUACUAGUAUAAGCAUAUCCUGGGAGCCACCUCCACCUGGAGAACAAAAUGGGAUCAUCCAAGAUUAUCGGGUUUGGUGUCUGGGAAAUGAGUCUCGCUAUCACAUUAAUAAGACAGUGGAUGGCACAAUGCAUUCCACAGUUUUGAUGGGGCUAAUCCCUGGCAUGAUCUACCGCACAGAGGUUGCUGCUGCCACUAGUGCUGGCAUCGGAGUAAGGAGCGCCCCGGUCACCAUACAGAUCAAACCCCUACCAGAUCAGGAUACUGUCCCUGUGGACAAUGGGGAUAGUGUAAGCCUUGCUGAGCAGAUCACAGGUGUAGUGAAGCAACCAGCUUUCAUUGCUGGCAUCGGAGGAGCCUGCUGGGUCAUUCUCAUGUGCUUCAGUGUGUGGAUCUAUUGUCGCCGAAAGAAGAGAAAGGAGCUGAGCCACUAUACAGCUUCCUUUGCAUACACGCCAGCAGUUUCUUUCCCCCAUACGGAUGGUCCAGCACGUGUCGGCAGCAGCAGCCGCCCUGGCAUGCUGGCCAUGGCUACCAGUGCUUCCAGCUACCCAUGGCUGGCAGACUCCUGGCCAGCCCCAAAUCUGUUGCGGAAUGGGAAGACAAAAGAUCCAGGAAUGGCCUGUUGUACAGGAAACCAUAACGUCACUGAAAGAUACUACAAUGAUGCUGGGAUUUCUAAUUACAUUGCUCAGACAGAGAAGUUUGGGACGGGGGUGUCCGAUGGCCCCAUAUACAGCACCAUUGACCCAGCCAGUGAUGACAUGAGGACCUUCAAUGGGGCAUUUUCCCAGCACACCACCCCAUAUGCCACAACUCCUGUGGUACCAUAUGGUGCAACCCAUCUACACUCACCUGAUGAAGAGGAAGGCCAAUGGAACAACGAGCCUGGCAUCUCUACCAUCCAGUAUGCCCAGCCCGACCGGGGCAGGGUGGAGAGUGUUGCUAAACCUGGGAAACAGAAAUCGAUGGGGAAGCCAGUAAAAACACCAUCCCUCAACUGGACAGAAGUGCUGCCCCCACCACCAUCUGCCAAUGAGCUGAGCCAAUAUGUGGAGGAGGAAGAAGAAGGAGAAGAAGAAGAGGAAGAAGAACUAGAACUCACGUCAGAGGUGGAGGAAUGGUGUCCACCUCUGCCAGAGAGGACCUACUUAAUGGAGAACAUCCAGGAAGAAGAAUGUCCUCCUCCCCCACCUCGCAACGAUGCCUCUUCUCCUGCAAAUUCCUAUGGACAGCAGUCCACGGCCACCCUGACUCCCUCGCCACGGGAAGAGAUGCGAGUUUCAGAGGAUAUUCCCAGACUGCACCAGUUUGAGAUUCCACAUCUGCCCAGGCGGUUACCCAAUGGGUCAGGUCCCUUGACAAGACCCUCAAGUCCUCCCUUGACUCAGUCUAAUCCCAAUCUAAACCUGCCUGAAGAGAGGUUAGAAGCCGCGUUUCCCAGGCAAAGUCACCGACGUAACCUGAGCCAAACGCCAGCGCAUAGUGCAGAGAAUGUGGACUCCCCAGGUCAAGGCAAGACCCAUUCCAGCCUUGGUGAUGUUUUGCUUCCUCUGGGUCAGAAAGGAAAAGGCAAAAAGAAAUCCAAGUCCAGCCACUAUCGUCGAGAGAAGAAACAAGGAGAUCUGCCACCACCACCUUUGCCACCACCUGCAGAAGAUCUCAGCAGCUCUGCUCCAGACAGCACCCCAUGCCUAGACUGUGACCCUUCUUUAGAGAAAGACUUCAACAGUUCCUCAGCUAUGGAGAGGAAAGUUGCCCAUCGCACAGUGGCUGGCCAGCUCUACCAACAGCACCGAGAUGAAGAAGAAAUUGUUCCCUACAACAAGCCCACCUUUCUCUCCCGGAGUCAGAUGUCAAGCAAUUGCUCUACAACAGGAAGCUCUUCCUCCAGGGGUUCCACGGUAUCCAGAGGCCACGGAUCAGGACGCAGCCGGACAACAGGGGAUCGCAACGAGGAGAAAAGAUGAAACCAAAUGCCAUUGGCAUGAGCAAAGCAAGGUUAUGAAUUUGACAUCUGUAGACUUGGGGCCUGGUGGUUUUCUGUGCAUCUAAUUUAUGAUCCUUCCAAAGGAGCAGUCGGCCUGGCUCCAUGUAAAUAGGUUUGUUUUCCUGGAGGUUGACAGUCCCUGAGAGGCAAGGAAACUGUAUUUAUAAAUGGAGACAAAGAGACAUUCAAGCCUUGAGCCUCAGUGGGUCUGUUUGGGAAGAGGCUGGGCAUUUUUCGAGAUGGGGAGAUUGGUACCACUAGCAGUGGUGGGUAAGAAGUGGGAGAUGAGGCAGAAAAUGAGGUGGAUCUGCAGACAUUCAGCUCACAUUGGGCCCUGAAAGAGCCCAUCACAUCAAGCACAUAAUCAGAUGCUGCCCAGGUGCUUCGCCCUGCCUGCCAUAUAGCAGGGCUCAGUGGGGAUUUCUUUGGUAGCUAAUGAAUCCUUUUGUAAAAUGGCCAAUAAAGCUAUUUGUUAACCUGA